AUGCUUGCUGACCUUGACCUUUCACCUCCAACUAUUAUUUCUGGUGCUCCUUCGACUUCUGUAUCGACCUCUAAUGCUGAUGCUCUGGCUUGGGGCUCUGAUGAAGAUGACCUACUCAAUGAUGAUGAUGAUGAUGAUGAUGAUGAAGUGACUGCCCAUUUUGACGAUGCUAUCAAAUCAGUGGAGUCUACGGAGCGCCUGUUGAGAAGUGAGUUGGGUCGCGAGCAGGCUUCUCUUCGUCAGUUGGGAAGUAAAAAAACUUCUUCGAAUUCGUCCAUUAAAAAUAGUGUCUCUGUAAGUAAUACGCUUAGCAUGAACACUCACCAUAGAUGCUAUGCUUGCGCUGAAGCGUCACGUCGUUCAGUUGCUGUAGAAACUGAAAAUAUAGGCAUGGAGCCUGGAGAGCUGUUUAGUAAUACCUUUGCUGAUUUGCUGACUUCUGGAAGGCCUAGAGUUCUAGGUAGAGGUGUUCAAAUGCAUGAAAAGCUGCUUUCACAGAAUCGAGGAAGAUGUGGAAAGUCGAUACAAGAAAUCGAAGCCAAGCAGGCUCGCGCUAGAUUCCUACGUCAGAGACAUCUUUUGGAGCGAUCUAACAGAGUUCGUGAACUUGGCAAAAAGGUUGAGGAGGUGCGAAAGCAAAAACUUAGGCUGAUUCAGCAAAGGCGAAAUUUCCUCGAGAAGCGUCUUUUGGUGGCAGAAAAGAAUAGACGGGCUGAAUUAGAACGAAGGAUUUUGAAAGCCCACGACGAGGAAAUUAAGGGCCGAGAAAUCGCCUUCAUUCAGAGUUUAGAAGCGGAACAAAAGCAGCAUACCAUUUUCGCAAAGCAUGAAAUUUCUUGUGCUCGUUUGAAGGAGCGUGCGGAAAAUAGACGAAGACGUCUUGAAGAAAAGGCUGAAAGAGAGGAGGCUGCAAAGCUUCGUAGAAUUGAGUUAGAAGCUUUACGUCUGGCGAGGUUGGAUGAGUUGCAGGCUCGAUGGCUUUCUCGCGCCCAUGAGAUAGAGGCCCGUGGUGAGCAGACUCGAUUGGUGCGUCGAGCCGCAGCAAGAGAGCGCGAAGCUCAUCGUGAAAUGAAAUUGGCUGCUCUGGAGCAACAACAGCGCCAACACAUUGAGGCAUUGAGGUCGAAAAUUCUCAGGAAGCAACGCGAAUGUGAACGUCGUCAUCAGGAGACCCUGAGUGGAAUUCGGAGAAAAGCUCUAGAAAUGGCCACUCCUCAACAGCACGAUUCAGCCACCACCUCCAUUCCCCUUCGCAAUGGUAAUAAAAACCAACGCGGAUGGUGUCGUCUCUGUCACUCGGAAGUAGAUUCUCCUGCUCAUUUCGACUCACAGGGUCACAGAACUGCUCUUUUGAUAUCUUUACCUGCUUGUCUAAGGCGAGCCGAUCGGUGGGAUAUUGAUAGGCUGAAUGCCGCCUGCUUUGUGGAAAUUCCCGUUUCUUCUAAGCAUUCUGGAAACCACAAGGAAGCAUUUUUUCACCUUCAUCGUCGUGCGAGGUCGACUGAAGUUGAACGUCAACGGUUGCUCGUUAAACGCCUGAACGUAAUCCGACAGCGGGUGAAUUCAAGAAGUCUGCUAUACCGCAAGGGCCCCCUUGAAAACCCCAAAUUAGCUCCUGCUUGUAAACAAAAGGCUCAACUUCAUAAGCUGAUAAAAGAAGCUAGAAGAUAUUCUAAUUUACCCGAGUCUGGACCUUGGGUUGCGUCAAGAGUGGCAGCAAUGGAGAAAGUCCUACAUGCUAUUCGACGAUUGGUUAACGAUGAGGUGUCGCUGUUAUGCUGUUUUCAUUUUGAUUUAACCUCUGUUCUUGUGAGUUUGAUUGAUUUAACCUUGUGUCAGAGGUAUUUUGACUUUCCAAUGGUACCCGCUAGAACCGUAAAUCUUGCGUGUGGUUUGUUAAAGUCGAUUUGUGAGGGUGUUCCCUUGGUAUCCUGGCAUUUAUGUCUCAACGGAGAUCUUACCGUUCUGAUUGACUGUAUAACUGUCAAACUUGCUCGUUUAGAAGCAGUAGACGAAUGGAGCGGAUUGAAAAGUUCGGUUUCCAAGAGUCGGCAAUCAGAUGAUAUUGAAUGUAUUAGAUCCAUCUUCUCUUGUCUUCUUGUCAUUUCAAAAGGUCUUAAAUUGAAUUCACCGCCAUCAACUGCACCAAUUGUUGGUUCAUCCUCAAAGAAAGCGUCAAAUUUCACGACUGCUUGCCUUUCGGACUUUGUUGCGUAUGCAGUGAACUCUGGCUUGAUGGAAGUAUUAACCAAUUACCUUUCUUCGCCCAAUUUGAGUGCCCAGUUAGAAACCGCCGUGGGGGAGAAAAUCAGCGCGGGAAUGGAAUUCGUUCUACUCAUUUUGGAUCUGUUGACAGCUCUUGUUCGAUUAAUUCCCCCAAACAAGUUCAGGCUGAAUGAGAAAUCGAAGAUUUCUAAAGAAAGUUCAGAUGAUCCAACAUUCCUUUUCGACGCUGUUGCUGCCACCGAAGUGUUCGGGGUUGUUUCUCUCCUUUAUGACACUCUUCAAAUGUCACCUAAUCAUAGACCAAGUGAUUGUCAUGAUAACUUGGAUGUAAUUCUUCAUAAACUUCAAUCUAGCAACGGCCUAGCUGAUAUCGUGCUGAGCGCUCUCAAGUUAAUCAAUCAUAUAGCUUCGGUUCAUUUGUCGAAAAUUCAGGAAGUUGUUUGCAACGACAGCACCUCUAUUCAAAUUCGUCACAUUUUGAGUCUCCUUUUUUCUGUUUGUGCCCCGAGUGAAGAGGAUGCCAAACCAGUGAAGGAUAUUUCAGCUCCGGUCUUAGCAACAGUUACUAAAGCAGCACCCUCAGCUACCAGUGGGGGUUGUUUAGCUGGAAAAAGACGUCGACAGGGUUCUGCUCUUAUUCCCAGUGGUGCGAAGGAAGUUGGAGUUAAGGUUAUUCAAAAAGCCGACCUUGCAUCCAACUUCUCAUCUUCUGCUUCAUCAGAAUAUAAAAAUUCACUGAAGAGCCUAAGUGGGCGUUCAAUGAUGGUCGAGAUCCUGCAUGAGGCUAUCGUGUGUUUGGGCUAUCUCACUUUGGGCCACUUUGAAAACCAGACUCGACUAUGUGUUAGUGGCCAGACCUCUACACCCCUGCUCUUACAACUCUGUCAGCUCCCUCUAAGCUACUUCUCUCAACCCCAAUUAGCUGAUAUUCUCUUCCCCACUCUUAUCGCUUCCUGUUUCGCCACCAAAGACAUUGGUUCAACCAACAGAAACACAAAUGUAGCUCUCCUAUCCUCCCAUCUGAAUCCUGCUUUGCUAGCGAAUUUCGUUGAAGCGCGAAGCUUGGAGAAAACCCUAGCCACGCCAACUGAUGACAAACCGACGUCCAGCCAUAACAAUAAUAACGAUGACUAUCAUCGAUUUGAAAACCGAUUUCCACCUUCUUUGUGGCAAGCAGCGAAGAGUUUUUUUGCGGAGGCCAGAAAUCAUAUCUCAAAAUCAAAUUCACCAACAACCAUCAAAACCGAAACAGAAGAAUAG